AAAAAUGACUCGAUCAGAUGAGAAAAACAAAUUCAAAAUUUAUUGGUCUCAAACAGCAUCAGUUGUAUGGAAUCGUAAUAUAUUUUGACGUGUAAAGGAUCCAACAUAUACCUUUAAUUGAUAUAAGUUUAAACUAACUUACCUAUUCUGGUCAACGGGUAUCCAAAAGAACUUUCUUCAAGUGACAGAAAUGUUCGACUUUUCCUAUCAAUAAAGAUGGCGAAGUCAGUCUAAAAGAGGGAAUAUUUUAUGUUGAUGAUGUGAAACGAAAACAAUAAUUAAAUAAAUCUGAGUUAAUAAGUGACCUCGUUCUCAAUUUAUCAUUCACUUGUUGGCCUUGUUGUUCAAGCUUAAAUUCAGAUAUACAUACCACGUAUUCUAUAUUUAGCUAAGCUGAGUAGUUAUAUAGUGCUUUAAAGAAUCAGAAUAGCACAAACACAACCAGGGACAACCUACAUAGACCACUGAGUCCUGCACUGUGUAUACAUGCCCCGGGAUACAUGCAUGCAUAUGUCUCAUAACUUGUAAAAUCAUGAGAUUCAUUGGAAAAGGAAUAAUUGUUACAGGCUCCAACAGUGGGAUAGGAAAGGCCACAGCAUUACUUUUUGCAAAAGAAGGUGCAAAUGUACUUAUUCAUGGCAGAGAUUUAAAUUCUCUUGAACAAACUUUAGAAGAAUGUAAGGCUGUUGGUUUGGGUACUGCUAAAUUUGCAGUGGUGCAAGGAAGCUUUGACAAUAAGGAUCUAAUUAAAAAGAUACAUGACACAGCUGUUAGUGAAUUUGGCAGGAUUGAUGUAUUAGUAAAUAAUGCCGGUCAAGCUGAGAUAGGAAGCAGCCUCACUACAACAGAAGACAGUUUUGACCGACAGAUGCACUUACUUCUGAAAGUUCCAAUAUUUCUUUCACAAAUGUGCUUCUCACAUCUAAAGAAAUCCAAGGGCAACAUUGUGAACAUAUCCAGUAUUGCUGGCAUCAGGGCAUCUAGUAGAGAUAGUUUUUCCUAUGCCAUUGCUAAAGCUGCCCUUAACCAAUUUACCCAAUGUGCUGGGAUUGAAUAUGGAGCUGAAGGUGUCAGAGUCAAUGCAGUUUGCCCAGGAUAUAUACGCACAAAUAUGGGACUUAAAUCAGAGUCUUCGGUGAAUAAUCUUGCUGAAGCUAAUGCUAGAUAUGAUGAGAUAGCCAAGGCUGUUCCUACAAAGAAGGUUGGAACAGCAGAGGAGGCUGCUAAGUUGAUUGUCUUUUUGGCAUCUGAGGAUGCAUCAAUGAUGAAUGGAGCCUGUGUAGUACAGGAUGGUGGACAUUCAUUAAUGGGACUUGACAACCAAACCAUAGAGAAUGCAGCUAAAUGCAAUUGAAUUGAGGUGCGUAAAGAUAGCAUGUCAGGGAUCGACAUUAGUUGUAAAAACCAUAUCAGAGUAGCCCUCUCUAAUAUGGACUAAUGCAAAGAUAUUUCAACUAUAUGUGCACGCUUAAUGUGUGGUUUAUAAAUAAGAUUUACAAAACAAUGAAAAAUAUACAUUUUGAAAACACAUAUUGAAUACAAACUGGAGCAGCUUUUUAUGAAGGCGUGUUGUCUUCAUUCUACGACGCACUUACACAUUAUACCUAGGAUGAAGAAAAUGUGCAUUUGUCUCCUCAGAAGCUGAAGAAGUUCAAUUUUGUCACCUCCUUCCAUAUGCAUUGAAUAUUAAUAUACAUUUUACAAGUAUACAUAUUAUUCAAAAUAUUCACAAAAUAUAACUGUGAAAUAAAUAUUGUUUCAUGAAGUUGAUUAAGAAAAACAGGUUGUACUAGUAGACCCCCCCAAUUCCAACUUUCAACAUAUAAUUUCCUUGCAUUAAAAAACAUUCCUCCAUAUAAAGAAAAGUCUGAAUUUUUAUUGCAUAUUCAAUAAUACCAAGUGUGUCUCAACCAAUAAGCUUAGAGUGUUUCAGUGCAUUGACUCAGGGUAUGUGGUAUAUUGGUGUAUCCGGGGGGGGGGGGGGGUCAAAAACCAAAAGAAUCAAUUACAAUUGCUGGCUACACCUGUAUGGUCAAAUGAAUGAAAACAUUAUUUUACAGUGCAACAAUGAAUUGAUAGUUUAUUUAAAUUGCAAUAAGAACACUUUUACCCCAUAGUUUUAAUUCUCCUCGAGUAUUAUUGAUACCCCCCCCCCCCCAUCCAUCAACACUUUACAUGUAUGUAACCGCCUAAGCUUUUAACACACUCACAAACUCAAGGGUAAAUAGUUUAUGAAAUGUAUGAGGUAAUAUACACUGUUGCUCAUAAAUAUGGAAUAUUAGAUUUGGCAGCUCAGAAUUCAAAUUUUGCAGUAAGAGAACAUUUAUUUGAAGUUGGUUCAGACUUUCAUUUUCUAGGCAAAUCAUAACCACAUAUUUCAUCUACAAAUCAACAUUUUUCAGAGAAAAAAUAUGCACAUUUAAAUUUAGAAAAUUACUGUUAUUUAAACAGGGGUAAGCUAAGACUUUUUGCAUUUUCAAAACACCCCGAUUCAAAUUGUCAUGUAAAACAGAUUAAACAAAAUAAACAUUUGGUCAUGAAGAUUGAAGUGUCCUCUAUCCAAUGAUAGCACUAAUAUGCGUUA